GCGCGUACAGCGUACAGACCUCUCGACUGUCGAGAGACAAAACGAACUCGUAGACUCGCGCUCGCCGUUAACACACUCGACUUUCGUUUUUCUUGAUUAAAGCUCCAAGCUCCGUCAUCCGAGAUGCUGGCGAGCUCGGUAAAUUACGGUCGCAAAUCGUAUCGGAAGCCUUAAAUACGUCCAAAAAACUUUAUUCGAUUUAAGUGGGAAUGAUGAUGAGUGAUUCCUUAGCAUCUUCGUCCGACUCUAAAGCAACUCCAGUGCUUUUGUUUUCGUCUGUUCACCUGGCGCGGACAGUGUAUUAUUAGUCCCGCAGGUGUUUUUGAUGCUCAUGUUGUUUUCGAAAUAAAAGAUGGCCCUAAGAACCUACCUGCAGGACUUUUCUACCUGAACUUUUUAAGAUUACGCCCUUUAUUAGGCUAUCCGGUGUAUAAUGUCCGUUCGAUUCAGUGGUCUUUUCGUGGUACCCGGCGAAAAAUCUUCAACACCAAAUAUGCACGAAAAAAGUCCCAACAAUCCACCACAAAGAGUGAAGAAUGUCGCUAUAGUAGCUCCAACUAGAAGCAAUAGCUUAGACUAUCUUAACUUUGAGGAAAGGAGGCAAUUAAUAGCCUCUAGUUUGAGCCUAUCAGAUUUUUUGAGCGCUGGGAAGGAGGCCAAAGAGAUCAAGGAGAUCAAAGACACCGGUGUGGCCACUGUUAUUGUGGAAGGAAAUGGCGCUAACCGAAAAUGUAAGGGAAAACAAAGAUUUUAUAAAAAAGCUAAAAAACAAAAUGGUUCCGCGUUCAGGACGAACAGCCUCGGUAGUGGAGCCAGAACACCACCCACCGAAAGGAAAGGGAAAUUUUCGUUAGGCAAAUUACUGAGGCCGUGGAAAUGGAAGCGGAAAAGAAAAUCGGAUAAACUAGAGGCUGUGUCUAGAACUUUAGAAAGAAAAAUAUCAGUCCGAGCCAAUAGAGAUGAGUUAGUGUCGAAGGGGAUUCUAUUGCCAGAAAGUCCAUUGUCCCCUCCUAAAUCCGAGCCAGGUGACUCAAUUCCAUCCCCAUAUUUUCCUUCACUGUCCUCAUCCGCCCACGGUGGGAGCGACCACAACAGCCAGCCUAAUAGCCUGACGACGCCCAAUUUUGCCUCAGCUCAACAGCCAGCGCCCCAGCACCCGGCGCACCCGCCGCCCUAUCCGAAUCCGCCCCCCGGUACGUCGCCCUUACCAGCUUUAAGCCACCACCACCUGUUGCAGCAACAACUAUUGCAGAAUCCACAUUUUGCCGCCGCUGCCAGGGAUAGUACAGCCAAUAGUUCGCCAACCGAGCCCAAAAAAGAUAAGACUGAUGGAAGCAACGCUCAGAACGGUGCCAUGUCCCCCAACGGCGAGGGAUUCCUACACCUUUCGCAACCAAGCAACCAAUUGGGGGACGAUUGUCGCAAGCCGGAAAGACCCAGUUCGCUGGGACAUGGGAAGCUCACGCGUAGACUUUUAUGUUACCAUAGCGAACAUUUUACCGAAGGACCACAUAUGGGUCCGCCAGGCUCAACGCCACCGGCUCAGGAGAAACACGGACCGCACCCUGUUCAACCACCGCUACCGCCACCAGGUCAUCCGCAGUUCGUGCUAUCCGAGCUACCGGAGCCGCCGAUCCCGGUGUCGGAGAUAGGUCCCAUUCCGCCUCCUCCUAUGUUCAGUUCACCGAGUCCUCAGACUAGACGGAAUCCUAGUCCACCUCCUGGGGAUUAUGAUUAUGAUGACAAUGAAGAUGACGAGGACUACGAUGUGGAAGAAGAAGAAAACUCCUAUAUGUAUCGUAUGCCUCAGCCAGAUCCGAGUAUCGAUACAAGCAGGAUUGACGAGAUACCGGCCAAAGAGCCGCGCUUCAACGCGAUGCCUUUGAAAUCGGCUCUAAAAAAGAAAAACAGCGGCGGAUCAACACCUCAAAGUACACCGACUCAAGAGAAUCGACCCUUGGGCGUUAGACAACAGGAGCACAAUUCUAGCUUCAAUACAUCAAAACCAAAAUUCGUAUUAGGCCUCCCAGCGACCAUGGAGAACAAAGAAAACACGAGACCUUCGUACACCAUAAUCAGAGAAGAUGACACCGACUCCGAUUCGAACGAUGGACCAAUACAAUAUCGAGACGAUGGUGAUGACGGCAAUCCAUCAAAUGAUAGGUUAGCUAUAAAGAUAGCCCGAAAAGAAAGUUUGUCGCUUAAGCUAGCUUUGAGACCUGACAGACAAGAAUUAAUCAACAGAAACAUUCUACAAGUUCAAUCAGAAAACGAAAGGAUGAGUGAAAAAGAAGCAAUAGGAGCGAGGUUGAUUAGAAGGCUCAGUAUGAGACCUACCCAAGAAGAAUUGGAAGAUAGAAAUAUUUUAAAAAAACAAAGUCCUGCAGAAGAAAAGAAGCAAAAAGAAGAGAAAAAACGGUUUCUACUGAGAAAACUUAGUUUCAGGCCAACUGUCGAAGAACUUAAAGAAAAAAAAAUUAUCCGAUUCAACGAUUAUAUUGAGGUUACACAGGCGCAUGACUACGACAGAAGGGCGGAUAAACCUUGGACCAGAUUAACGCCAAAAGAUAAGGCAGCUAUUCGGAAGGAGUUGAAUGAAUUCAAGAGUGCGGAAAUGGAUGUACACGAAGAGAGUCGCCAUUUAACAAGAUUCCAUAGGCCUUGACAAUUGCAAGGCUUAACCUUAGAAGAAAACCAAAUUUCUGUGAUGGGCGUAGCCGUAGUAGGUUUUAUUAAUUUUGCCGUGAGCGCUUAGCGUCUUGCUGGGAUAUACGACGUUUUUAUUAAAUAAGUUAGAUUCAGCGAAAAAUUACACAAACUGUGUAAAUAUAUUGUAAUGAUAAUAUUAAAGAAUAUUAAUAAUAAUUGUUUUUUGUACAUAGUUGAUUUUUAUGACUCAAAAAAAAUAGACGUUUUUAUUCGUUAGAGCAUAGAAUUUUGAAUGUUGGGCCAGUGUUUGAAGCUGGAAAAUUUUGAUUAACAAGUACCUGGACCUUGAUAUCCAAAUUUAAUUUACACUUAUUUUCAUUUAUUUUCUUUUGUUUGGUAAAUUCCGCUGGUCCAUGAAUGAAAAAAAAAUACAAUUAACUUAUAGUACACUGUAAAUAAGCUAUAUGUAGACAAAAAAAAAAACAGAAAUUACUCUUGAAAUUACAUCACUAAUACUAAUUGUGCAAUAAUGGCACUGUUGUGUGUUGAUUCCAAAAAAUUAGUUAGAAAAAAUAUAAACUUCAAUUCUUACAUGAUGGACUGUGUCAAAUAAUGUCAAGCUAUAGCAGGGACAGGAGGAAAAAUCCUAUUUGGUACAACUAUUUUUUUUUAAAUUUAUUAUUAAUCCUAUGCUGGAUUUUUCUCAAAGCAAGAAAGCUACAACUAUUGAUUUCAAUAUUUAUAAUUCCUGUUAACUAUAAAAUAAAUAAACAAAAGUUGGUGUCAAUAUUAUAUCCCAAUAGUUUGAUAUUUUAACCACUCUAUUUGUGAUGACAAUAUUUAACCAUUCUUAUUAAAAGUAAAUUUAAUGUUCAGAAAUAUCAAUAAACUUCAUUUUCCUUCUCUCAGUUAAUAUCAUAAACAAAAUUCUUUAUCACAUACAAAAUAGACAAUUGAAAACUGGUUAGGUAUAUCGUCUAAUUUAAAAGUUUGUAUUUUUGUACUUCA